AUGUGUGAUCCAUGUUGCUUUCCCUGUGAUCCCUGCUGUGCUCCUUGCUGUGAGCCAAUUUGUCCUCCGUGUGGUCCAUGUUGCCCUCCAAAGAGCUGUAAAGACUUCGAGUUACGCGGCGGAGUUUUAUACUCGAAAUGCGAUUGUGUGAAACGAAAUGGACUUCAAUACGAUUGUCCUCGAGCCAUGUGUCAAGGUCAACCGUGUUGUUUAACGCUCCCCAAUCCGAGUUGCUGCCCAUCGAAAUUCAUGUCUCGUUUUGACGGAGUUACUUUUGGAAAGCCAAGUAAUCCUCCAGCUCCGAAAUCUUGUUCAAUUAGAGUUUCAUGCCCAAAACCUUCAUGCAAUCCAUGUUGCCCUCCCAUGGGAUGUAGCCCGUGCUGCGAUCCUUGUGAAGAAUAUUGCAUUGGACCAUGCGGACCAACAACUGAUUGCGCUCCAUGUUAUCCAAGUUGUUAA